UUCCUGAAGUCCGACCGCUCUGUGAUUCUCAUCAACUUAUGCGUGUCUCUCAUCAUUGCUAAUGUGCUGUUUCUCACAGCCAUUGACAGAACAGAAAAUAAGGCUUUGUGUACAGCAAUAGCAGCGUUACUCCACUAUUUCUACUUGGCAGUGUUUGUCUUUAUGCUCAUGGAGGGAGUCGAACUCUACAUUCUCAUCAUCAAAGUGUUCACGUCAGGCAGGAGUAGAGCCAAGUGGUACAUCAUCACGGGAUAUUUUGUCCCCGCUGUUGUAGUGGGCGUGUCUCUUGGUGUCACAAAGCUGGAGGGUUAUGGCACUGACCAAUA